AUGUACAAGAUGUUCAGUAUAACUUCAAAUUAUUAUAUUCUCAUAGGCGGCAUAUUCUUAAGUUAUUUAUUAUACAGAAUUUUUCAUUCUUUAUUGAGUGAUAGCAAUUAUAUGCAUACAAUAUAUAAGUCCCGUGGUCAUACUUGGAGAAGCAUUGAAUGUAACAAAUCGGUGCCAUAUAAUAUUUGCUGCACAGUAUGCUGUAAAUUGAUGUUGCCCCUUGAUGGUCUGUUUUGUGAAUGUUGUGCUGUAAGUGCUUGCAAGAAAUGUAAUAAAGGUGUGGAUAAAAAAUUCAGGUGCAAGCAAAUAACGUGGCCCAUUGAUAAACCAUUCUCUCACCACUGGGUUAAUAUUGGUAUGACCAGUGAAAAAGAUAGUGAACAAAAUGAAGGAAACUUAAAAAGGUUGUUUUGUUCUUGGUGUCAGCGAAUUAAAAUUGUUAAAGAAAGUUCAUUAAGUGAGAAUGAGGAGUGCGAUUUUAACAAAUAUAGGAAAUUCAUCAUCCCCCCAACUCAUGUUCAAGUAGAGAGCGGAUCGAUUAUUAAUAUUCAGCCAUGGCCUGAAGAUGACUGGGAGCCUCUUAUUAUACUCGCAAAUCGUAAAUCUGGAAGCGGUAGAAGCGACGAAGUUUUAUCAAUAUUUCGAGGCCUGCUUAAUCCUAUACAGGUAGUGGACAUAAGUGCCAUCGCCUUGGAGAAUGUGGUAAAAUGGCUACCGAACCGAUGUCGUCUGCUUGUUGCCGGUGGAGACGGGACCGUUGCAUGGGUUCUCAACGCAUUGUUAACUGCGCCCCAUAUCAGGGUCUGUAUUCUACCGAUGGGCACGGGCAACGAUUUGUCACGGGUUUUGGGUUGGGGUCCGGGCUGCGACUCACACAUCGAUGCACAUUCCAUUAUUAAAUCUAUUGGCCAAGCUGAAGAACAGCCACUUGAUAGAUGGAAAAUAACGAUCGCGGGUCGCGGCGGGCGGCUGCGGCGCGCGCGCACGGUGCGCGAGGUGUUCGCGUACAACUACGCGAGCGUGGGCGUGGACGCGCAGGUGGCGCUCGACUUCCACCGCGCGCGCGCCAUGUUCCUGUACCGCUUCGCCAGCCGCACUCUCAACUAUAUCGCGUAUUUAUUCCUGGGCGUGGGUCGUGCAUUAGACGAUGGUGGGUGUCAAGGCUUAGAGCGGAGGCUGCGCGUGUUCCUCGACGAACAGAACGAGCCGAUGUCCCUCCCGCCUCUUCAAGCGCUCGUUGCGCUGAACAUUCCUUCAUGGGGCGCUGGAGUAGAUCUCUGGAGCAUGGGGAAUGAAGAUGAAGUCCCAGAGCAACGUGUAAACGAUGGUAAACUCGAGGUGGCUGGAAUUUCGUCGUCAUUCCAUAUUGCGAGACUGCAGGUUGGUCUCGCUGAACCCUACCGCUUCGCUCAAGCGUCACGACUAAAGAUUGAGCUGUGGGGGUCAUGUGCAAUGCAAGUGGACGGCGAGCCGUGGAUGCAGUCGGCCGCCACCAUCACAAUGGAACCAGCGGGCCAGUGUCUAAUGUUGCGAGCGGCCAUUCCUUCGGAAAACAAUUCCUAA